GCGUGUAUAUGCGCAUUCCUUUUUGUACAACUACCAUGGACAAUGCGUCUGAUACACAUAAUAAAACCACACAAUACAUCGCCACCCAUGUUAUACACUAUACCAGCAUACUAUUUUGUCGAGGAUGACCUCAAAUAUUAUUACUAUAUUCAAAUAUAUCUAGGCCUCGCUAUAUAUGUGGUGCUAAUCGUGUUCGUUAGUUGUGACACUUGUUACAUGAUCCUUGUGCAGCAUGCUUGCGGACUGUUGACUGUGGCUGGGUAUCGCUUCAAGAAUGCUAUCAACGACAUUUCUUUCAAUACGAAGAUUUCUGAAAAAAAGGUGAAGGAGACAUAUGACAGAGUACGCUUCUCUAUACAGGGGCACCAACGGGCAAUAAUGUUUCUGGAAAAAAUUGAGAGCGCACACGUUACAUAUCUUUUUAUGUGUAUGGGUAUAAUAGUCUUGUGCGUUAGUAUUACGAUGGUACAGAUCGCUACGAUGGAAAUAUGUAUGGAUUUUUACAAGUUUACCAGCUUUCUGAUUAUUCAGUUCUUGCAUCUGUUUUACCUAACGAUGCAGGGUCAGUUUGUCAUAAAUUCGUCCGAUGAGAUUUACGAUGCAAUAUACGAGGCAUCAUGGUACAAGAUGAAUGCAAAAACGCAAGCAUUGUACAUAUUAGCGUUGCGGCGAAGUCUAACUCCACGCUAUUUAACUGCCGGCGGUUUAAUACAAUUGAACAUGCAAAGCUUUUCAGAAGUGAUAAAACUAUGUGUUUCAUAUUAUACAGUGUUGAGAUCGACUUGAAAAACGGAUCGAUAUUCAGUGAUUCACAGUAGAUGCAUUAUUGAGAGCGAUCGUUUUAUCAAUAUCACUACGAUUAAUGUUGUAAAAUAACUUAAUAAAACUGUUCUUAUACAAUCUCGAUACACGGUAUACAUACGAGUAUUAUUGAAAUAAUCCAUUAGAAAAUAACAAUUUUGUUUCUACGUACAGAAACAU